CAUUCCUAGAGCUUCACUGAUCGGCCAGGUGUUUAUCUAUGCAACUCUGAUACAUCAAUUCUACUGGCCAUGUUCCGUUCAGUCGCCUCUGAAUACGACAAGAUGGACCAAGCCAGCUGGAUCAUCAAUAGCUACAUCAUAGGCCUCAUUGUUGCACAGCCCAUGUAUGGGAAGCUUUCUGAUAUCUAUGGCCGCAAAGGUCCUCUUCUCCUGGCCUAUGUUUGCUACCUUAUAGGCGCCAUACUCGCUGGAAGUGGUGUAUCAUUUACGGGAGUCCUGAUAGGGCGCGCUAUUGCGGGCGUUGGCAAUAGUGGCAUCUCUGUCCUCAUCUCUACGCUCAUUGUAGAUCUGGUUCCUAUGCAAGAGGUGGCUGUUUGGCGUAGCUAUGUAUACGCACUAAAUAUGGCAGGUCGAGCCCUCGGACCCCCGAUUGGAGGUCUUAUUGCCGACAGGAGCAACUGGCGAUGGGCUUUCCUCUAUCAGACCCCGAUCGUACUGCUCACUAUCAUCUUUGUUUGGUGGAAGAUGGAGAUCCCAAACGCUGCGAAGAAGAUCGAAAACUACGCUGAUGAGGACCGCUCGAGCUGGACCAAGAAGCUUAAGCGAAUCGACUUUGGUGGAUCUAUAACCCUAGGCAUUGCAAACAUUGGGCUUGUGCUCUUUCUUGACGAGAUCUCGAAAGAUCUCAAUCUGGCACAGAACACGCUUGCGAUCGUUUCAAUGGUGAUAUGGCUCGUUUUCUUGGUCGCUUUUGCAGUCUGCGAGGGUUUCAUCGCCCAUGAACCCGUAUUGCCACUUCGACUGCUGAUCAAGCGGAAUGUUUUCGCUGCGUACAUGAUCCAAUUCAUGCAGACGGCAGCACAAGUCGCUCUAUACACAUCCAUGCCUCUGUACUUCAGGGUGACGGUAGGAGACAGCACGACCAGAGUUGCCCUCCGUCUCGCCAUAGUCACGGUUGGGACGAUCGUAGGUGGACUCAUCAGUGGAUUCGUAAUAAAGCGAACUGGAAAGUACAAGCGGCUCAUAUUCGUCUCAGUUGUCAUGUCCAAUAUUUCUUUGUUUGCCAUCUAUAUUCGAUGGCAGGGCAACACUGACUGGGCCGAGACGCUCUAUGGAUUUCCCGUUGGACUCGGCUUCGGCGUUUCUCUAUCUGCUGCAUUUAUCGGCUUGACCUUUCGCCUGGAGCCAUCUCAGAUUGCGAUAGCAACAUCUGGAUUCUACCUCAGCGUCAACCUUGGUAGUCUGUUUGGAGUUAGCAUAUCCUCCCUCAUAAUCGUGUCGAUAGUCAAGAAGAACUUGUAUGCAUCACUCAGUGGCUUUGAUAAUGCUACUGCAAUCAUCCAGAGUGUUGUAAGGAACUUUGAUGAGAUCAAUCGAUUGCCUGGAAAGGUUCAACUGCUUGUCCAGCGCGCCUAUAUCGAUAGCAUGAUUUCCGUUUGGCUUUUUGCAUUUAUCUGUGGCAUGCUCUCUCUUCUAGCCACUUUCUUAAUGCAAGAGACGUCGUCAAAGACAGAAGGGAAGAGACGUUCUAACAGAGACUACCGUACAAUUGCUAGUGAGGAGGAUGACGAUAUAUAGACUUUAAAAUAGAAGGCAAAGUUUAGAGUGUACAGAGCAUUUCACGAUGUUGGAGUUACAAUGUAUGUAUGUAUGGGGGCUUGAGAAGAUUCUGUAACUGGCACAAUUACCAGAUGUAUGUAGUAUGUAAUGUAUAGUAUUUGUAUCAAUGUGGCGG